AUGUAUGAUAAUGAAGUUUUGUUGCAAUCAUUAAACAAUGAUGAUUCAUUAGGUGAUCCAACAACAACUACAACAGCAACAACGACAACAACAACAACAACAACAACAAUAACAACAACAACAACAACGGCAACAACCACAACUACAACAACAACAACGACGACGACAACAACCACAACUACAACUACAACAACUUUAGCUCCUGAAGUUGAUAAUGAAUGGGAAGACCUUGUUUUAGGUGGACCUACAGCAGUCAAUUAUUUGGCUCUAUUCAUGGUACAUGCAUCACGUAAAGAUCAAGUUCUUACACCAUCCGAUAGCUACACAAUUAAAUAUAUUCAGAAUGUUCAAUCUUUACGUUCCGUGCUUAUGCAAAUUUCAUCAGCUAUGCAAACUGCUUUUCAAGUGGCACAUGAAGAUCUGAUUCGUAUUCGAAGCAGUAUGGAUCAAAUUCCGGAACAUAUCAAAGCAGGUCUCCUUUUGAUUCAAACAGCGCCAAACAAUCUUCUUAGUAAAUUAUUACCAUAUACUUUACAUAAUGUUGAACGUGCUGCUAAUGAAGGAUCAGCUAUUAGUAAGCCAACACUCGAACGAUUUGUUUCAGUAGGAUUAAUAGUAGAAGAACUCGCCACAUUACUUCUUUCUACACCAUCAUCAUCGGAAGAAAAUGCUGAUUAUUUGAUGGAAGCAAGUUCUUAUGCUAAUGAUAUAAAAAUAAAAUGGGAUCUUUUAGUAAAACUUUUCAAAAAGUUUUCAGACCGUGCGAAUACCACUCAAACAACUAUCAGUAAUAGUUUCAUAGAACCUAUUAAUCAAGCACAAAAAAAGAAUGGUUUCAAUUCCAAAAGCGAUCGCUCUAAUUAUCUGAACAAACUUAUUCCAACGACAAUUGCAAUUGAUCAAUCAUCGCAUCUAUUAGAUAUGAUGGCACGUACAUACACUGAUGUAUCAAAUGAUCACAUGAUCGAUCAAAUCAAUCAAAAUAAAGCUUAUCUUGAUAUUACAAUAGAAUCAGCACGAGCAAAAAGCCAACGACAAUUAUGGCAAAAUUUAUUAUCACAAUUGAUAAACGUUGCUCGACUUGCACAAGAGCGUAAUAACCAGUUUUCUGAAACAAAUUCAAAUCGACACGCUGAAUAUGCUACUUAUUUAGACGUGGUUCUUGGUGCUUAA